UACGAGCAAACGGUUGAUCAAGAACGAAUCAGUGCGGAUAAUGAGGAUUUCAUGCGCAUUGCCCUUCAGGUGACUACUUUUUAUUCUGAUCCGCUUUUUGUAAAAGAAAGUUUUUUGAGAAGUAGUUUUGAGAGACACGUAAAGCCAAAAAAAGCAUGUUUCCUCGCAACUCUAUUUAAGAUAGCAUACGGUAUGGAGUAUUUGGCGAGCAUGAAUUUUGUACAUCGUGAUUUGGCAGCACGUAACUGUCUUGUGGCCGAUCAGCGAGUCAUUAAAAUAGCCGACUUUGGUCUGGUAAGGAGUUGUUACGAGAAGGAUUACUACAAGGUAAGUACUGUUCAAGAAGUCGUCAGUGGGUUUGAUAAAAGUAGCAAUCGGAAUGCUUCCUUGAAUGAGCCGUCUAUGCACGCAGCUUUUCCAAACGCUAAUUUACUGCCACUUUUUUAUGCGUUUUUAUUUCCAAAAAAGUCUCAGUAUUGGCCGGUUUUGUCCAUUUACAUACACGAAUUAUAG